AUGGCUGGCGUGUGGCAAGUGCUUCUAGCCUACAGGAACUACCUGGUUACUGUCCUGAUACCUCUCUUGCUUCUUCCUCUGCCUCUGGCUGUUCCUACCCAGGAAGCCCGAUGUGCUUAUGUUAUCAUAUUGAUGGCACUGUUUUGGUGCACAGAAGCCUUGCCAUUGGCAGUCACAGCUUUUUUUCCUGUCGUGCUGUUCCCACUAAUGAAUAUCAUGGAUUCAACAACAGUCUGCAGGGAAUAUUUGAAGGACACCAAUAUGCUUUUCUUUGGGGGCCUGCUGGUGGCCAUUGCUGUUGAGCACUGGAAUCUACACAAGCGCAUUGCUUUGCGCGUCUUGCUGAUCAUUGGAGUCAAACCGGCCCUACUUCUCAUGGGUUUCAUGAUUGUGACUGCCUUCCUUUCAAUGUGGAUCAGCAACACUGCCACCACUGCCAUGAUGGUGCCAAUAGCGCAAGCCGUGUUGGAUCAGUUGUAUGAGUCAGAAGUAGAGUCUAGUUCACCUGAGCAAGGGUCUGAAAACAUCAAUAAAGCCUUUGAACUGCAGGAAGAACCAAUUAAAUCGAAUGGCUCCCACGUGUCAGAGAAAAAAGGUGACAGUCACGUUAUGACAGUUGAGGAAGAGAUGAAACAGAGAAAUGAAAAACUUCUGGAGGAGAAUCACAAGAAAUUUAGCAAGGGAAUGUCCCUCUCCAUUUGUUACUCAUCCAGUAUUGGUGGGAUUGCAACUCUGACUGGGACAACACCAAAUCUGGUACUGAAAGGACAGGUUGAUGAGCUCUUUCCUAACAACAACAAUGUGAUCACCUUUGCCUCGUGGUUCUUCUUUGCUUUUCCCACCAUGAUCUUGUUACUUAUUUUAUCCUGGAUUUGGCUGCAAAUACUGUUCUUGGGCUUUAAUUUUCCGAAGAACUUUGGUUGUGUUACGAAUGCCUCUGCAAAGGCGAAGGACAAACAGGCUUACAGCAUUAUCAAGGAUGAGCACAAGAAGUUGGGCUCAAUGACAUUUGCAGAGAUCAUAAUUUUGGUCCUCUUCAUAAUACUGGUACUGCUGUGGUUUACUCGAGAUCCUGGUUUCAUGCCAGGCUGGGCAACUGUUCUCUUCACCAAAAAUGGUACAAGCUUUGUCACUGACGCUACAGUUGUCGUCUUCAUUUCACUUUUGUUGUUCAUCAUCCCUUCUGAGAUUCCUAAAUCCUUCUCCUAUACCAGUGGUGGAGACAGACAGCAAACAAACAGCAAGCCAAAGAUCCCAGUACCCGCACCUCUCCUGGACUGGAAAACAGUUCAUCAGAAAAUGCCAUGGAAUAUUGUUUUCCUGCUGGGCGGUGGCUUUGCCUUAGCCAAAGGCAGUGAGGAAUCUGGUCUGUCUGCAUGGAUAGGCGACAAGCUGACUCCUCUGGAGAACAUCCCUCCUCCAGCCAUUGCUUUCGUCUUAUGCCUCCUCGUUGCUACUUUCACGGAGUGCACUAGCAACGUAGCCACCACUACCCUCUUCCUCCCUAUUCUGGCUUCAAUGGCUCAAGCAAUCUGCCUCAAUCCACUCUAUGUCAUGCUGCCCUGCACACUUUCUGCAUCACUGGCAUUCAUGCUCCCGGUGGCUACUCCUCCUAAUGCUAUUGUCUUCUCGUACGGACAACUCAAGGUUAUAGAUAUGGCUAAAGCUGGAUUUGUACUGAACAUCCUAGGAGUUCUGGUAAUAACUCUAAGCAUCAACACCUGGGCUACAUCCUUGUUCCAACUGCAAACCUUUCCAUCUUGGGCAAAUGGAACAACUUCGUGCUAG